AUGACGCCUGCAGGAGAGGGCGGCCGUCCUCCGAAGAAACAAAAAACGAGCUUUGGUACAAUCAAUAUUGGGGGCAAGACAAUUUCCCUGGACGGGUACCUGGGGCCAUCAAAACCACCACCGCCUGUGAAGCCUCCUGCAAUAAAAUCAACAGACAAAGCCCCUGCUACGGAAACCUCAAGCAGUCGAGAACGCAGGGCUGUGGAUGGAGGCCUGCUUCAAGCCAGAAAAGCUCUUCCCAUCUGGCGGCAUAGGGACGACAUCCAAGAGUCUUUACGCGGCUCAGAGAACAGUAUCCUCGUUCUGGUGGGCGAGACUGGUUCCGGUAAAAGUACGCAAGUACCUCAGUUCCUGGCCGAAGAGCCUUGGUGUAGGCGUCAGCUGGUCAAGCUUGAUGAAGGCUCCUCAGAUGAAGCCUAUGUGGGCGGCAUGGUCGCGAUUACGCAGCCCAGACGAGUCGCUGCCACAACUCUGGCGCAUCGCGUGGCCCAAGAAGCAGGCACGCCACUGGGCAAGGGAAGAAAAGACGGCAAAGUCGGAUACUCUGUGAGAUUCGACCACCAAGUACCCAAAGGCGCCAAAAUCAAAUUUCUCACCGAGGGAACAUUGCUCCAGGAACUCCUGCGAGACCCGUUUCUGAGACGGUAUAGUGCUGUGAUUGUUGACGAAAUUCACGAGCGCAGCUUAGAUGUCGACCUCUUGGUAGGCUUCCUCAAGCAAAUUUUGAUUGCAGGGCCUAAGCAUCGCGGCGGCGUUGCCCUCAAAGUAGUCAUCAUGAGUGCUACCGCCAACGUCGACGUCAUUAAAGGAUUUUUUGACGAUGACGAAAUUUUGCAGCACAGCCACCGAGGUGUCGAUGUGUUACGGAUCAAGGGUCGACAAUUUCCCGUGGAUGUUCAACACGAAUCUUGGCCUGUUGCCGAUCUGCAAGACGCACUUUUGAAACGCAUUUUCAAGAUACACACGGAAGAGCCGCUUCCUGGCGACAUUCUGGCAUUUCUGACGGGACAAGAGGAGAUUGAAGUCGCGCAGAAGCUGAUCGAGGAGUACUCAGCUAGCCUGGCCUCCAACGUGCCUAAGAUUAAAGCUGUACCGCUUUACGGCCAGCUAUCUAUUGACGCACAGAGAGAGGCCUUCCUCCCUGUGAAAAGCAAAUUUACGCGAAAAGUUGUCCUCGCAACGAACAUUGCUGAAACAUCAGUCACGGUAUCAGGUGUUCGAUAUGUGGUGGACGGUGGCAAAGCCAAAAUCAAGCAAUUCCGUCCGAGAUUGGGUAUGGAGUCGCUGCUCGCCAAGUCCAUUUCUAAAUCAUCAGCAAUUCAAAGAACUGGCCGUGCUGGCCGUGAAGCGCCGGGUAAAUGCUAUCGCCUGUACACCAAGGCGAGUUUCGAUUCAAUGCAGUUGGCCGACCUCCCGGAGAUCCUUCGCAAUGAUGUUCUCGGCGCAAUUCUUACGAUGAAGGCUCGCGGAAUUCAGGACGUAUUAUCCUUUCCCCUGAUGGAUGCACCCGAAACAGAAGCAAUUGAGCGUGCGCUGGUUCACCUGCACUUCCUUGGGGCACUAAACGACGAUGGGAGUAUCACCAGUGUUGGAGAGAUCAUGGCAAAGUUUCCCCUCUCAGCUCCUUUGGGCGCCGUUCUUCUUGCUGCUGCCGGACCGGAGUACGACUGUGUACUGGAAGCAAUUGAUAUUAUAUCCUGUAUCACCGCGGGUGAGGAUAUCUUCCUGGCUGUGCACUCGGAAGAAGGCCAGGAAGAUGUCAAGGAAUCUCGAAAAGAGCUUCAACGACGUGAAGGAGACAUCAUUACAUACCUCACCACCAUGCAGCAGUACACAGCUGAAAAUUCCAACCGAUAUGAGUGGUGUCAGAAGCGAAAGCUCAAUAUACGCACUAUGAAGCAGGCUUUGAACAUUCGAAGACAGCUUCGUGGCAUGUGUCUCAAGGAGAAGCUGCUCGACGAGGCGCCGGCGGCCGACCCGCAGCCAUUUACCCCAGUAUCUCCCGAGCGUGCAGAAGCGUUGCUCAAGUGCUUCCUCCGUGGGUUUGCAUUAAAGACGGCCAUGCUGGCGCCGGAUGCCAGCUACGUGUCUGUCCAAGGCAAACAUGUGGUAGCAGUCCACCCAGCAAGCGUGCUUCAUGGACGAAAGGUAGAGGCUAUCAUGUUCCUUGAGCAUGUUUAUACCAAUAAGAACUAUGCGAAAAAAGUGAGCGUAGUUCAGGCAACAUGGAUUGCCGAGGCACUAGAGCGCAAGUAA